AUGAAUAAACCAAAGUGUAAUAAAGGAAAGUCAUUUGCUCAAGAAAAUAUUGAGAAGGCAAAAACAAAUGGCCUCCGAUGCACUAUUUAUUCCGUUAAUGGGGACCAGUACACUGGCGAAUGGAAAAACAAUAAGAAGCAUGGACAGUGGAAAUUUGGCAAGCGUUGUGGAUUCGGUGUUCUCAGUGUUGUUGGGCCUGAUGGUAAACAUACGAAAAUCUAUUCUGGAGCAUGGAAAAACGAUAAAAGACACGGCUUUGGUGAAAAUUGGUACUCGGACUACGAAUUUUAUGAAGGCGAAUGGUAUUCGGACAAAAGGUAUGGCUGGGGACGCCAAUAUUACAAAGACGGUUCAAUGUACGAAGGGGAAUGGGUUGAUGACAUGCGCUGCGGCGACGGGAUGCUGCGUCUGCCAAACGAAAACCGGUAUGAGGGCAGUUGGGUUAGUGAUAAAAAGAAUGGAAAAGGAAAAUUUAUCUUUCACAAGACAAGCCAGGUGAUGGAGGGUGUUUGGGUGGACGAUAUCGCACGCUGCGCACAAAUAAUCGAUCUGGGUGGACGAUCGGAACCUACCUCAACGACAUAUCCUAUCCCUGAGGUGAGUCCAUAUCAGAAAGCCUCUAGUUUUAGAUUAAAUAUUUUGUCAUAA